GCCUCGUUGCAAUAGGAGCAGCAGCAGCAGCAAGCUGCCAGCAGCCAGCACAGGAGGGGUUGUCGGGGGUGUGUGAGAGUGAGCGGCUAGUCCGGUCUCCCAGGCGCUGAGCAGCACCCAACACAUCCUGGAGCGAAACCCACUGCUCUCUUCGCCACUCCCGCAGCACUCACUUAGCCAUGGGGCAGAACGAUCUGAUGAGCACCGCAGAAGAUUUUGCAGACCAGAUUUCCUCGUUCUUGCGAGUGACAAAACAGUACCUCCCGCACGUGGCCCGCCUCUGCUUGAUCAGCACGUUCCUCGAAGAUGGCAUCCGCAUGUGGUUCCAGUGGAGUGAGCAGAGGGACUACAUUGAUGCCACAUGGAACUGUGGGUACUUCCUGGCCUCCGUCUUUGUCUUCAUUAAUCUUUUUGGACAGCUAAGUGGCUGCAUCCUAGUGCUGAGUAGGAACUUUGUUCAGUAUGCCUGCUUUGGAUUAUUUGGCAUUAUAGCACUACAGACAAUUGCGUACAGCAUUUUAUGGGAUCUGAAGUUUUUGAUGAGGAACCUUGCUCUGGGGGGCGGUCUGCUGCUGCUGCUGGCUGAAUCACGGUCAGAGGGGAAGAGCAUGUUUGCUGGAGUCCCCACCAUGCGGGAAAGUUCCCCUAAGCAGUACAUGCAGCUGGGCGGACGAGUGCUGCUAGUCCUCAUGUUUAUGACGCUGCUGCAUUUUGACGCGAGCUUCUUUUCGAUCCUCCAGAACAUCGUGGGCACAGCCUUGAUCAUCCUUGUGGCUGUCGGCUUCAAGACGAAACUGGCUGCCUUGACCUUGGUCAUCUGGCUCUUUGCCAUCAACAUCUACUUCAACGCCUUCUGGACCAUCCCAGUCUACAAACCCAUGCACGACUUCCUCAAGUACGACUUCUUCCAGACCAUGUCUGUCAUCGGAGGCCUCCUGCUGGUGGUGGCCCUUGGGCCCGGUGGCGUCUCUAUGGAUGAGAAGAAAAAAGAAUGGUAGAAAUAGGAGGGGCAGGCAAAACACAUCAUCUCGGAGUCUGGGGACUGACUUUUUCAACAUGGGUUCCGUGGGGGAAUAAAACCAAACUGCCAGCAUCUUAUGUAUGUGCCCAACAAUCCCUUCUUAAAAGGCACACCUUCUUUAUUUUAUUUUUUUUAGAAUUCAUGACCGCACUGAUAAUCUGAUAACUAGAGCAUUCUUCAUCAAUGAAUUGUGGUUUGUUUGUUUUUUUGCCUCGAAACACUGUUCUGCUUUCUUUUGUAAUCUCCAAAAAUUGAAACAUAUAGAAGCUGGCUUGCCAAGCACCAUGUGGGCACUGUAUUUGCCGCCUUUUAGUUCCUUAAUGGUUUUUUAAAACACUUUUUUUU